AUGAAAGAACGUUUUGAAGAUUUAAAUUUAAACAAAUGGAUUGUAAGACAAUGUGAUUCGUUUGGUUUGACUAAACCAACUCCAAUUCAGGCACAUUGCAUUCCAAAAAUUUUAGAAGGCAAUGAUUGCAUUGGAUGUGCAAAAACUGGUAGUGGAAAAACAUUGGCUUUUGCCUUGCCUAUAUUACAAAAAUUAAGCGAAGAACCUUUUGGAAUAUUUGCUUUGGUUUUAACUCCAACUCGUGAACUAGCUUUUCAAAUCGGUGAACAGUUUUUAGCAUAUGGUAAAGUUAUUAACUUAAAAUUAUGCGUCAUAUCAGGUGGAAUGGAUAUGGUUACCCAAGGGCAGGAAUUGUCCAAAAGGCCUCACAUAGUUGUGUCGACUCCAGGUCGUUUAGCUGAUCAUUUGGAUAGUUGUAAUACAUUUUCAUUGAAAAAAAUUAGGUUUUUAGUUUUAGAUGAAGCAGAUAGGUUACUAUCGGGUCAGUUUGAUGAUCAGAUUAGCACAAUAUUUAAAAGUCUUCCGCUUAAAAAGCAAAUAUUGUUGUUCAGUGCAACUAUCAAUGAUACUUUGAAACAGGCUGAAGAAUUACUUUCGAAAAAUGUAUUUUCAUUCAUUGACAAAUCUGAUGUUGCGACAGUAGAUAAUUUACAACAAUUUUAUGUUCUAUGCCCAGACCAUGUCAAAGAUGCUUACCUUGUUGAAGUAAUCCAAUUGUACAGGAAAAACAAUGAAAAUGGAAAUAUUAUAAUUUUCACAGAUACAUGCAGGAAUUGUCAACUUCUCUCAAUGACUUUAAAUGAAGUCGGUUUUGAAAAUGUUGCAAUACAUUCAAUGAUGAAACAAAAAGAAAGGCUUGCUGCUCUUUCUAGAUUUAAAUCGAAUAUUGUUAAAACGCUUAUUGCCACUGAUAUUGCCAGCAGAGGUUUGGAUAUUCCAACAGUAGAAUUGGUAAUUAAUCAUUCUAUUCCGAAUGUUCCCAAAGAUUAUAUUCAUAGAGUUGGUAGAACUGCUCGUGCUGGAAGAGCUGGUAUGUCUGUUUCACUUGUCACUCCAGUUGAUAUAAAACUUAUCCAUGCCAUUGAAAGUAUUAUAAACACAAAACUAAAGGAAUAUUCAAUUAACGAUAAAGAAGUAAUAAAAAUUUUAACACAAGUGAAAGUAACCAAAAGAGAAGCAGAAAUUAAACUUGAUGAAACUGAUUUUUACGAGAAAAAAAUGAUUAAUAAAAGAAAAAAAUUAAUGAUGGAAGCUGCAGAAUCAGAUUAA